UCAUCUUGCAAGGUGCCGAUUUGCGUGAAUGGUGGUACACUGAGCGAGUCCAAGACUCAAUGUCUUUGUUCAAAAGGAUACAGCGGGCCUCACUGUGAAUAUGAAGAAUGCACAGAGCCAUCACCGGUCACAUUCUCAACAGAUGCAAAGACGUUGGUGCUUGUCGUUGAAGUCACAAAACAAAGCCUAGAGGCGGUGAAAGGGCUCACUUCUCGACUGGAAACGAUCGUCAAUGAUGCCAUCGCCGAUCACCCCAAUUGGUUUGCAGACUACGUCCUUGUCACUUUUGACUGUAAG